AUGGUUGUGGUCUGGGAUGGUCGAGUGUGCUCAUGUCCUCAGGGGGUACCACCUUCUGAGAAGUUAUUUAUAGGAAGAAAUUUCAAUGGUCAUAUUGGGUCAACAACAGGUGGGUAUGACGAAGUACAUGGAGGCUUCGGUUUUGGGGAGAGGAAUGGAGGAGGAACCUCGUUACUGGACUUCGCCAAGGCUUUUGGGUUGGUGAUUGCGAACUCUAUCUUUUCGAAGAGGGAUAAGCAUUUGGUUACUUAUCAAAACACGGUGGCACAUACUCAGAUUGACUAUCUCCUUCUCAGGAGGCGUGAUAGAGGGUUUUGCAAGGAUUGCAAGGUGAUUCCAGGUGAGAUACUCGUGACGUGGCAUAGACUCUUGGUGAUGGACGUUGGUAUUAUGGUGAAAAGGAGGAAAAUAUCUGCUCGAGGAAGACCGAGAAUCAGGGAGGCUGUGAGAGAGGUGUUAGGGGUCUCGACGGGCAUCUCCGGCAGUCACAAAGGUGACUGGUGGUGGAAUAAAGUGGUACAAGGUAAAGUGAAAGCAAAGAAGGAGGCGUACCGGUCGUUAGUGGAGAGCAUAGGCGAGGAGGAGAGGCGAGCGUGUAUAAAGAGGUAUAAGGUAGCUAGGAAGGAAGCGAAGCUGGCGGUCACAUAG